UACAGAGAAGUUGCUCAUAACGGAACAUUAUUCUUUGAGCGACCGCGAAAGAACGUGGUGCGUGCGGAACAGAUUUAUAUUCAUAUAUUGUAGUAAAGUAAUUUAUAAUAUCAAAAAAUGAGGGAAAUAGUUCACAUCCAGGCUGGUCAGUGCGGCAACCAAAUUGGUGCUAAGUUCUGGGAAAUCAUCUCCGACGAGCACGGCAUCGACCCCACCGGCGCUUAUCACGGCGACUCAGACUUGCAGUUGGAACGCAUCAAUGUUUACUACAACGAGGCUUCCGGCGGCAAAUAUGUGCCCCGUGCCAUCCUCGUCGACCUGGAGCCUGGCACCAUGGACUCUGUCCGUUCUGGCCCCUUCGGACAGAUCUUUAGGCCAGACAACUUCGUGUUUGGACAAUCCGGUGCUGGUAACAACUGGGCCAAGGGACACUACACAGAAGGAGCUGAACUUGUAGAUUCAGUUUUGGAUGUAGUCAGAAAAGAAGCAGAAUCCUGUGAUUGUCUACAAGGUUUCCAGCUAACACACUCCCUUGGCGGCGGUACCGGUUCCGGUAUGGGCACACUACUGAUCUCCAAGAUCAGAGAAGAAUAUCCAGACAGAAUCAUGAACACAUAUUCCGUUGUCCCCUCGCCUAAAGUAUCAGAUACCGUAGUCGAACCUUACAAUGCUACUCUCUCAGUCCACCAGCUAGUUGAGAAUACAGAUGAGACCUACUGCAUUGACAAUGAAGCAUUGUAUGAUAUCUGUUUCCGCACGCUCAAACUAUCCACACCUACAUACGGAGACCUUAACCACCUCGUGUCGCUCACAAUGUCCGGCGUCACCACCUGCCUGCGGUUCCCCGGUCAGCUGAAUGCCGAUCUUCGUAAGCUGGCCGUCAACAUGGUGCCGUUCCCACGUCUGCACUUCUUCAUGCCCGGUUUCGCGCCCCUCACUUCCCGCGGAAGCCAACAGUACCGCGCUCUCACCGUACCCGAGCUGACCCAGCAAAUGUUUGAUGCCAAGAACAUGAUGGCUGCAUGCGACCCUCGCCACGGCAGGUACCUCACCGUCGCUGCCAUCUUCCGCGGUCGCAUGUCCAUGAAGGAAGUCGACGAGCAGAUGCUCAACAUUCAGAACAAGAACUCGUCAUACUUCGUCGAAUGGAUCCCCAACAACGUCAAGACCGCCGUGUGCGACAUCCCUCCUCGUGGUCUGAAGAUGGCAGCCACCUUCAUUGGAAACUCGACCGCCAUCCAAGAACUGUUCAAGCGUAUCUCGGAACAGUUCACCGCUAUGUUCAGGCGCAAGGCUUUCUUGCAUUGGUACACUGGCGAGGGUAUGGACGAGAUGGAGUUCACGGAGGCAGAGAGCAACAUGAACGAUCUGGUGUCGGAGUACCAGCAGUACCAGGAGGCGACCGCCGACGAGGACGCAGAGUUUGACGAGGAACAAGAGCAAGAAAUCGAAGACAACUAAACAUUACUCGUCCUGUGGUAACACUCCCUUUGCUCCCUUUCGACAUUUUGUAUUAUUUGCCUUCUUUUCUAUGUUUUUUGACAUGGCAGUCGCAAAUCAUUCCCAGUAUUCCAGAUUUUUCAAACUGGAAACAAGGGCAUUC